AUGGCGCUGAGAGUCUCUCGGGGCGGUCGCGGACGCGGACGUGGCAAAGGACGCGGUAGAGGAAAGACGCAGCUGUGGGAAUGGGAAUCAUACAAACCAGGUCCAGAGAUUUAUGAGCAGCUAUGGCGUAUCCGUAAAGAACCUGCCGUAGUUACCCCACAACCAUCUGACGACUGCCCGAUACCAGACGCGCAAACGCGAAUUCUUGAUCGCCGGCAGACCGAGGGCGCGGUAGUAAGAAAUUGCUACAUCGUUCAAAUCAUACGUACCGGCAAAAGUGAGGAACAGAGAGUCACCGAAGACGUAGACCUUAGUCGCAUAUUGCACUACGUCUCUUCAGCCGAGCUGGAGCGAUUUGAAAAUGAGCAGUUUAGGCUCGAGGCAGAGGCAGAGGCUGUUGCGGUACAGGCAGAAAUUGAUGAGCUGGCGCGUCGGCAGCUGGAAAAGAAUGCAAGAGGGGCCAAGAUGACUGGAGGAGAAAGUCGGAUGCUCAGUGGACUAGGAUUACCUUCAGAUAUACCGAUGCGGACAAGAUACAGGCCUCCAGGGAGACGUGGCAGAGGGAGAGGCAGAGGGAGAGGCCUGGCCAUGCGUCACAAUGAUUUGGGCGAGCACUUGGGUGAUUCUCCUGUCUUUCUGGACCAAGCAGCCCAGGAUAUAUCUCCAGUAAUUCCAGAAACCGAUGAUGAAGAGGACCAAAAUUCAGACGCACAAACCCAACCGUCGCCAGAUCUAAUGCGCUCGGCAUUUUUUGCCAACAGCGCUCUGCCACUGUCAUCUGGUACACGGAGACUUUCUAUUCCCAUCGCCUACCACACCCAAGAGGAUGAAGCAGAAGAUGUACCUAGGCCUAUUGCGCAACAGGACCACGGACUAGACGAAGACCCGCAUCGCAUCAAAAGACUAAGACUCGAAAAUCCAGACUCAGAUCACUACACAUCAGGACCGUCACCUCCGCAAAUACCAACAGAAGCGUUUUCAGCAGCCCUCUUCUCAGACCGCUCGUCUGCCGCAGACGCAAACUCGAGUCCCUUGGCUAUCGAGGACAUGGCACCAAUACCACCCAGCGAUCUACCCGCCGUGGGAUCGCCCAUGUUUCGAUCCGACUCCGACGACUCGAUUCGCGCAUAUGCGCCGUCGGCCUCCGCUAAUAAUGCUACCCAUCCAUCUCCGUCUGCACACAAAAGCGGGCUUGACAGCGACACUAUACACAUGACUACGGAUUCUAUCAUGGAAGAUGACAGGUGCAAGGCAGAUGGCGACGAUGGCGCCACAGAUGAGUACGUGGUUGAGGCUAUUGAAGAGCAUUAUCAGGAUGGGGAUAAGACGUAUUAUCUGGUCAAGUGGGAGGGGUAUGAGGAUAGUCGUGACUGGUUGGUAGAAGAGGAUCUGCAUGGUGCGAGGGAAGUUGUUGCUGAGUAUCAUGCGAGAAUACGGCAGAGAGAGGAGAAGAAGCCUGUGGCUAAGAAAGGAAUGUUUUUUAAAUAA